GAGGAGGAGGAGGAGGAGGAUAAGGAGAAAAGGGGUGAGACAAUUCAUUUCUGUUGCAUCUGGCCCCACAGCCCUCUGACACAACCCACUCCAACGACACACAGCAGAUCCGCGCACAGGAAGCACACAUGAGCUAGAAAGCAGAAGCUGCCUGAGUUCAGAGAAAAAAAAGUUGUCAGAGAGUCAGUCAGUCAGCAUGGCCGGGGGCUCGGUGUUUGAGUGCAAGGAGUACUUGUUCAAAGUGCUGGUCAUCGGGGAGUUGGGCGUCGGGAAAACGAGCAUCAUCAAACGCUACGUUCACCCUUUCUCCCAGCACUACAGGGCGACGAUCGGAGUCGACUUUGCGCUCAAAGUCAUCAACUGGGACAGCAAAACGCUGGUCAGGUUACAGCUGUGGGACAUCGCAGGUCAGGAACGAUUUGGGAACAUGACGCGAGUGUACUACAAGGAGGCUGUGGGGGCAUUCGUGGUGUUCGAUGUGACAAGGGGCUCCACGUUUGAGGCGGUGUCUAAAUGGAAGCAUGACCUGGACAGCAAGGUGAAGCUGGCUAAUGGCAACCCCAUCCCCUCAGUGCUGCUCGCCAAUAAAUGUGACCAGAAGAAAGAUAGCUCGAACAACACGGCCCUAAUGGACCAUUUCUGCAAAGAGACUGGCUUUCUGGGCUGGUUUGAAACUUCAGCUAAGGACAACAUCAACGUCGACGAGGCAGCGCGUUUCCUGGUAGAGAGUAUCUUGGCAAACGACAAAGGUUUGCCGUAUGAGGAGAGCAAUGGAGACCGGAUCAAACUGGACCAGGAGACUGUGGCUGCUGAGAGCAAGUCAGGCUGCUGUUGACACUGAAUCCAUUCAAAUUAGCCAUCCGCCUCCCUUUUGGCGAGGUCCAACCCGAUCACCCGGCCUGUGGCUCUCAGCCCUCUACUGCGGCGUCUCUGAGGAAUAUGAAUUCUUGGGUCUUCAAAGCUCCAGAAUCUUCUCCUCUCUGCACUGAUGCUUGUUUGACCUGCACCUCCAAGUGUUUCAUCGUAGUUCUCCUGGCCAAUUUUAUCUUGAUGUUGUCACAGCUUAUGUCACCGUCUCUAUCAAGCUGUUUCCUUCUUAGUCCCACACCGCUAAACUACAGCAUCUUUACUAUUGUUUUUUCCUCAGUGCAUAUUUCCUUGAUUGUGUAUUCCACCAUCAACUAUAAACCCCACCUAGCGCGCCACACGUUAACGCUGCUGCUCCUCCUGUUAACCUGACGGCCUUUAAAGCCCUGGACCAAACCUUGUCUGAGGAGGGGUGCAAGCUAAACUGGAAUUGGUGAAACACAAGCUAGAAAACAACAUGUAGCCUCUUAAUUUCUGUCAAUUUGCUCUAUUCUCCUUCAGUGUCCUUGUUAUUCCACAUUUACCUGGGAAACAAGACACUUUAUUGUUCAGUGUUGAAGCAUUUCUUCAAUUCACAUACAUGGACAUUAAUGACAAUCAUUCUUUUACAGCACACUGUUUGUGAUUCCAGCUGUUCUUUAGACUACUGUAUAAAACAUAAGCAAACGGACCAUGAAGUUAAGCAUUAUCAAAGUGUUAUUGUAUCUCCUAUUGCUGUCAUGAAUUGUUGUCUUUAUGCCAUAUUUUCUCUGACGUUAUGUGCCAUAAUACAGUUUAUGUUAGUUAGAGGGGAACACUUUUUGUUAUUCACUCAAACAUUUGCGAAGACACGGCAGACAAUACAGUUUUUUCAGAAAAAACUCUAUUAAUGGUAUUAUAUGAGACACACGUAUGUAAAUGUAUGUGAUUUAAGGUUUGUCUGUUUUUGUUUGUUUUUUAUAUGUUGGUUCAUUUAUUAUGCAAUUGGUUAGAUAAAAAAACAGAAUCAGACAGAGGACAACACCAUAUUGUACAUCAGUGUUCAAAUGAAAUAUGAAGGAUUUUUUUAAACAUUCAGAUUAAGUUUACAUGUGAAAAUACGUUGAAUAUACAAGACCAAAAUGGAAUAAA